CAAAUUAGCCAAUCGCGGCCCAUAUAAGGCGGGGCUAAAAAUGACUGACAGUGGUCUGUCGCAAUGAGGGUGCCUCUUUGUCCAGUCAACGUAUAUAACACAUUUCUGCCAUAGCUUCUUUCUUUGAGAUAAUGUCGGCUGAAUAUGAGAACAGAGACAAUGGCCCCGAAGGCAUGGAGCCAGAUGGAAUCAUCGAGAGUAACUGGAACCAGAUCGUGGACAGUUUUGAUGACAUGAACCUGCGCGAAGCUCUGCUCAGGGGAAUUUAUGCCUAUGGUUUCGAGAAGCCAUCUGCCAUCCAGCAAAGGGCCAUUAUCCCUUGUAUCAAGGGUUACGACGUGAUCGCUCAGGCCCAGUCUGGCACUGGGAAGACCGCCACUUUUGCCAUCUCCAUCCUGCAGCAGAUUGAUGUGGAGCUCAAGGCCACUCAGGCUCUGGUCCUGGCUCCUACCAGGGAACUGGCCCAGCAGAUCCAGAAGGUGGUGCUGGCCCUAGGUGACUACAUGGGGGCUAACUGCUACGCCUGCAUCGGAGGAACCAACAUCCGCAACGAGGUGCAGAAGCUGCAGGCUGAAGCCCCCCACAUCGUGGUGGGAACCCCAGGACGUGUCUUCGACAUGCUGAGUCGCAAAAACAUCUCUCCCAAAUGCAUCAAGAUGUUUGUGCUGGAUGAGGCCGACGAGAUGCUGAGUCGAGGGUUCAAAGACCAGAUCUAUGAGAUCUUCCAGAAGCUGGCGAGCAGCACUCAGGUUGUCCUGCUCUCGGCCACCAUGCCAGCUGACGUGCUGGAGGUCACAAAGAAGUUCAUGAGGGAGCCCAUCCGGAUCCUCGUGAAGAAGGAGGAGCUGACUCUCGAGGGUAUCCGGCAGUUCUACAUCAAUGUGGAAAAGGAGGAGUGGAAGCUGGACACGUUGUGCGACUUGUAUGAAACCCUGACCAUCACACAAGCCGUCAUCUUCAUCAACACGAGGAGGAAAGUGGACUGGCUGACGGAGAAGAUGCACGCCAGAGAUUUCACCGUGUCCGCUCUGCAUGGUGACAUGGACCAAAAGGAGAGGGACCUGAUCAUGAGGGAGUUCCGUUCUGGUUCCAGUCGAGUCCUGAUCACCACUGACCUGCUGGCCAGAGGCAUUGAUGUCCAGCAGGUGUCCCUGGUCAUCAACUAUGACCUGCCCACCAAUAGAGAGAACUACAUCCACAGGAUUGGUCGAGGUGGGCGUUUUGGCAGGAAGGGAGUCGCCAUAAACAUGGUGACCGAAGACGACAAGCGAACCCUGAGGGACAUCGAGACGUUCUACAACACCACCGUGGAGGAGAUGCCCAUGAACGUGGCCGACCUGAUCUAGAAACCUCCAGCUCCUCUUCUCUGACUCACCUUGUUUAUUUUAAAAAGUAAAAUCUUGUUUCUAAAUGAUCCAAUUUCUAAA